AUGAGUUCCGGAAUGGCGAUGCACAUGGAUCAUCAAUCUGCGCUGUACCGAUGGCUGGAGCCUGUGGCCAUGCAGGUGCUACAGGUCUUCUUGGAGAACACCUCCGGGGAGUGCAUCAAGAGCUUCAUGGAGUAUACGGUUUCCUGCCACCUGCCGGAUGGGAGCCACCUCAGCCAGUGGGUGGAUGGAGAGCCCGGAGACCGCUUCAGAAGCCAAGUGCUCCUGGCCUUGGCCAACUGGAUCAACUCCAAAUUGCGGCAGUUGGACAUGCACGUACUCAUGAUGGCAAGAAGCCACCUGGGUGGCGAUUGCCAUCUGAACAAUCACUGCCCGUUAGAAGGCCAGCUCGUUCCUGCCGUGCAGCGGAUGAAUCAAUGCACUACGAGGAUACAGAGUUACAUUCAGCAGCAAGCUGAGCAUGCGGAACAUUUCUUUUGUGACUUCAUCUACCACUUCACGAUACAGCUCUUGGGUCAGGAGAGCGCCUGCUUGGCCAGCGCUCUGGCUGGGCUUAGUGGCAUGGAUCGGACCACUGAAACCAGCUGCCUGCUGUCCCACAUGGUCAGCCAGCUGGAGUUGAUUCGUGCGAAAGUCGUGCAGGUUGCUUUGGAGCUAUGGCCGCACGAGAAUCAUGCGACCCUCUUCCAGAUGCAAUUCUGCCGCUGCUUCACCGUCACGGACAACUACGGUUCUGAUCCUGCGUUGGAGCCACAUGAAGCCGAUGAGGCCCCCUUCCAAGACGCGCAGUUUGGCAUUAUUCUUAUAGAUUCCUACGGCAGCCUGAUGAAGCUACUGGUGCACAUUGAGGAGCUCAUGCACAAUGAAGAAGCAGCAAGAGGAUUGGUCAUGGCCGUGGAUUUCGAGGGCGUAGAGUUGCAUCGAGAAGGACAGCUCUGCCUGGUUCAGAUGACCUUGAGUGACCGCCCCAAUCUCGUCUAUGUCUUGGACGUCUACGUUCUGCAGCAUGCCUUGCUUAUGCAGACACCCCGGGGCACAUCUAUGAAAGACAUUCUGGAGAGGGACCAGGUGCUCAAGGUGUGGUUCGAUCCUCGCAAUGACGUGGACGCCUUGUUCCACCAAUUUGGCGUCCGACCAAGCCACAUCUUUGACUUGCAGUUGGCAGAGGUUGCCGGCCGAAGAUCCAAGGGCCUCACUGUGAAGUAUGUGCAGAGCCUUCAGAAGUGCCUUUCGGCCUGCGAUCGCUUGGAGCAGAAUCAGAAAAACUUUGCGGAUCACAUCAACUCCAUUGGCAAGAAUCUCUUUGAGCCCUCUGUGGGCGGAAAAUACAGCAUCUUCACGAGUCGGCCGCUUCGAGAUCAGAUCCUCAUCUAUGCUGCCCACGACUCCAGAUACAUGCAGGUGCUUUACGAAUCCUAUAUGGAGAAUCUCGACCCUGAGUGGUUCCAACGAGUCAUGCAGGGCAGCUCUGAAAGAGCGCAUUGGUGGACAUACGAAGUGUAUGUGCGCGAGACGGCGGGCGUGGAGGUGACCACUGGGCCGCUGGGCCAGGGCUGUGCCACCAGCGUAGGCAUUGCUAUUGCGUCCAAGUGGCUAGCAGCAACCUUCAACAAGCCAGGUUUUCAACUCUUCGAUUUUGAUGCCUACGCGUUGGCCAGCGAUGGCGACAUGCAGGAGGGCCUGACCUCGGAGGCAGCGAGCCUUGCAGGCCACCUGAAGCUGAACAACCUGUGCUGGAUCUGGGACAACAACCAAAUUAGCAUCGAGGGCAAUACGGCGUGGGCCACAUCGGAAGACAUCCCCACCCGGUUCAUCGCCUACGGCUGGAACGUCCUUCGCGUCGGCGAUGCCAACGAUGUGGAGGCGCUCACGCGGGCCUUUCUAAGCUUCAAGAGGCAGCAAGACCGGCCGACUUUUAUCGUGGUGGACUCCCACAUCGCCUGGGGCGCUCCCACAAAGCAGGACUCCUUCCAUGCCCAUGGCACUCCGCUGGGUGACAAAGAGGUCACUGCCACGAAGCACAUCUACAACUGGCCGGAUGAGAAGUUCCUGGUCCCUGCAGAGGUGAAGACGCAUUUCCGAGAUCAGCUGCUCCGGCGCGGAGGGGCGCUUCGGAAGGAUUGGGAUGCCACCUUCAAGCGGUACAUGGCGGAAUACCCCAAAGAGGGGAAGAUGCUGCAGGACAUGAUUGCUGGUUCGUUGCCAGAGGGCUGGGAUCAAUUUUGCAAGGAGUUCCCGGCUGAUGCCAAGGGCUUAGCGACGAGGCAAUCCUCCAGCGAGUGUCUCAACUUCAUGGGCAAAGGCGUGCCUUGGCUGCUGGGCGGCUCCGCGGACUUGGCCACCUCCUGCCUCACCACGCUGAAGGGUAUGGAGGACUUCCUACCGCCGGAGAGCCAGUGGGGUCAGUUUGCUGGCCGCAACCUGCACUUUGGCAUCAGGGAGCACGCCAUGGGCUCCAUUAUGAACGGCCUGGCCCUGUGCAAGCUGCGCCCCUUCGGGUCAACCUUCCUAGUGUUCAGCGACUACAUGCGGCCGCCGAUCCGGUUGAGUGCCAUCAUGGAGACUCCCUGCAUAUUCAUUUUCACCCACGACUCUAUAGGUGUCGGGGAGGAUGGCCCCACCCAUCAGCCGGUGGAGCACUUGGGCUCCUUGCGGUCCAUCCCGGGCCUGACUGUCUUCCGACCCUGCGAUGCCAACGAGUGCCUGGAAAUGUGGAGGUACAUCAUGCCGCUGAAGGACCAGCCAGUGAUCAUCGUCUUGUCCCGACAGGCGCUCCCCACGCUGGACAGGACCAAGUUCGCCUCCGCGAAAGGCGUGCACAAGGGUGGAUACAUCCUAGCAGAUGCGUUUACAAAUGGCGCAACACCGGAUCUCAUCUUGAUGGCCACAGGCAGCGAGGUGCACCUCAUGACCCAGGCCCAUGAUGCCCUGGCGGCCAGCGGCGUCAAAGUGAGGUCCGUGAGCAUGCCCUCCAUGGAGAUCUUCAAGCAGCAGCCGCAGGAGUACAUCGACAGUGUUCUGCCCAACUCAUGCCGAGCAAGAGUGUCCAUUGAAGCAAGUCGUCGAGACUCCUGGGGCGGCUUCAUCGGCUUAGACGGGGAGCACGUUGGCAUGAUCACCUUCGGAGCCUCUGGGCCCAUCAAGAAAGUCCAGGCAGAGAAGGGCUUCACUGUGGACGCCGUGGUGGCAGCUGCCAGGCGGGUGAUGAGUGGCGCCCCCCGGCAGAUCUCUUCAAGGGCAGAGGUGCUCACGUCCUGGAAGAAGCGGAAGCUGAGCGUGCGCUGA